GGUCCCAGAGGGGGGGUCCCAGCCCCACUCCCACGGGUGCUGGGGGUGAUGGCUCCUUCUCCCCUUCUCUCCAGGCAGGUUUCGUGCCGACAACCUCAACAAGCUGAAGAACUUGUGCAGCAAAACCAUCGGGGACAAGAUGAAGAGGAAGGAGCCGGUGGGGACAGACGAGUCGGUGCCGGAGACGGCGCAGAACCUGGAGGAGCUCACGGCCGACGUCCUGGGGGCUCUGCAGGUCUCCCAGAUCAAGAAGGUCCGUCUCCUCAUCGAUGAAGCCAUCCUCAAGUGCGACGCCGAGCGGCUCCGGCUGGAGGCCGAACGGUUCGAGAGCCUGCGGGAGAUCGGGAACCUCCUCCACCCCUCCGUGCCCAUCAGCAACGACGAGGACGCAGACAACAAGGUGGAGCGUGUCUGGGGUGACGUUGGCUGUCGGAAGAAGUACUCGCACGUGGACCUGGUGGUGAUGGUGGACGGCUACGAGGGAGAGAAGGGGGCCGUGGUGGCCGGCAGCCGCGGCUACUUCCUCAAGGGUCCCCUGGUGUUCCUGGAGCAGGCCCUGAUCCAGUUUGCGCUGCGCAGCCUGCGCUCCCGGGGGUACACCCCCGUCUACACCCCCUUCUUCAUGCGCAAGGAGGUGAUGCAGGAGGUGGCCCAGCUCAGCCAGUUCGACGAGGAGCUCUACAAGGUGAUCGGCAAAGGCAGCGAGAAGGCGGAGGACAGUUCUGUGGACGAGAAGUACCUGAUCGCCACCUCGGAGCAGCCCAUCGCCGCCCUGCACCGCGACGAGUGGCUCAGGCCCGAGGACCUGCCCCUCAAAUACGCCGGGUUCUCCACCUGCUUCCGCCAGGAGGUGGGAUCCCACGGCCGCGACACCCGCGGCAUCUUCCGCGUCCACCAGUUCGAGAAGAUCGAGCAGUUCGUCUACGCCUCCCCCCACGACAACAAGUCCUGGGAGAUGUUUGAGGAGAUGAUUGCCACCGCCGAGGAGUUCUACCAGGCCCUGGGCAUCCCCUACCACAUCGUCAACAUCGUCUCGGGUUCCCUCAACCACGCGGCCAGUAAGAAGUUGGACCUGGAGGCCUGGUUCCCCGGAUCCGGAGCUUUCCGGGAGCUGGUCUCCUGCUCCAACUGCACCGAUUACCAGGCGCGACGGCUGCGCAUCCGCUACGGCCAGACCAAGAAGAUGUUGGACAAGGUGGAGUUUGUCCACAUGUUGAAUGCCACCAUGUGUGCCACCACCCGCACCAUCUGCGCCAUCCUGGAGAACUACCAGACCCAGGAGGGCGUCCGCGUCCCCGAGAAGCUCCGGGACUUCAUGCCUGAAGGUAACCCCCCCCCAAAAAUCUCCCCCCACCCCCUUUCCCCAGGUGAUGUCCCCAAGUGUUCCCAAGAAGCUCCGGGACUUCAUGCCCCCAGGUAG